GUAUUGGGAGCAUCUUCCGUGAAUAAUAACUAGGGGAUGUUCCCAAUGCCAGUAGAAUGUGCGUGUGAGGAGCAGAUCCGAUCUCGGUAUUACCCUGUUAUAAUUAUACGUACUCGUGGACCGGGAAGGGUUGUCGAGACUCGGGAGAGACGAAACAGAAGUAACGCGCCAACGAACCAGAAGAUACCAUGAGCCGCGCAAUGUCGGAGCCGGAAUUGGAGGUUCAGUACGAUCCGUCGAUGCUUCUCCUGCAGCCAGUUCUCGACCUUAUUGCGUCGGCCGGCUAUUCCCCUGACCGAAACGUCAACUUAUCGGCCUCUGAUAAGCUUGUCGCCGGUCUCGCCUGGUGUAUUGCCACCGCCAAAGCUAUCGUCCCUGAACUGCAAGCCCUCUCCGGUCAAGAUUCCAUCCUCCAAGACAAAAUUAAGACGCUAGACGUCAUUGAAUCAGCUCUAAGAUCGAUGGGAUGUCCAUAUCCUCUCCAAGCUAACCAAAUUCGAGACCUUGACUAUGGAGGGAUUUAUCCUGUUGUACAGUGGAUUGUCAGUCGUGUCUCACCAAUGCAAACUGAGACUACGUGCGAGGUUAUUUAUGUUGCACAUGGCAUUGAGCAGGAGCAACACGCUAUUCAGUUACUUGAGAAGGAGUUGUGCCUUGCAGAAAAUUCAAUUAAGAUGUUGCAUGCCAAUUUGAAGGAACAGAAUAUGAAGAAGGAAAAUCUUCUGAAUGCAAUGCAGCAUCUACAUGAAAGAAUUGAUAAAGAAGGUGGUGUAAAUAUGGUGCCGAAAAUGGUUUCACUGUUGAAGACAUCAAAGGAUUUGGAAAGGCAAGCAUUGGAUUUCCGUUCCUGUUGCAAGCAAAAACAUUCUGAUUUGCAAGCUGAGGUUACUGAAUUGGAGACAAAGAUAAAUUGUGACAAAAGCAAUGACCUCCUUGGUGACAUUGACCAUUCUUUAUGUAACUCAUUGGAAAAACUGAAUUUAGUAAAGAGUGAACUUGCAACCAAGCUGAGGAAAACUUUGGUGCUAAAGAGGCAGCUUGAUGACAGGCCAUCCCAAACAGAACUAAUCCAGUAUGAGCGCCGGUUCUCAGAAUUAUAUGUUCAGAUCCAGGAAAAGCUUCGUCAAACUCGUAAAUACUAUGCUACCUAUAAUGCUCUCUUGGAGAAAAAAGAAUUAAUGCUAAAGGAAACAUCCUUAUUGAAUUCAAUAAGUUCACAGUUUCAAGAUACCAUUAAUAGCACAACUGGUCGUGUGAAACUUAUCAACUCAAUGGAGGGCAUUGUGAAGGGUACACAACAGAAACUGGAAAGGGUACAGCUUGGGCUUCAAGCAGAGCAGAAAGUUUGUGAUGCCCUCAAGGAGAAAUAUACUGCAGCUAUAGCAGAGCAAAGGCAUUGCUCUUCCCUUCUCAAAGCUUUUCAGGAGGAAUGUGCAAGGAAUGAGAGACUUCGCAGCCAAUCUUCCGUGUAAAACAGCUUCACAAUGGAAGCACUCAAGCAUGUGUUAUGUUAAGAAUGUAAAUUAAAAAAUAAAAAAUGUUCAGUAUUCACUCUACUUCUACUAUUUUUCUUUCGUUAUUUUUACUUUUCCACAUUGUCAAAAGUUCCAUCUCCCUUUUUUGUUAGUGGGUCGAUCCAUCCAUUGGGUCCCUUUUAUUCCGUUAGUACAAUUCCUUCAGAGUUGUAACUCCGAGUCCGAUUGUGAAAGUACAAUAAGACAGCUAUAAUUGCAGGUCUAUAUUUAAAUGAACCGACUCCUGUUUAAAAAAGAAAAUUACAGUUGUUAAUCAGGUGACUGAA